AUGAAUUUCCUGGCCGACAACCCACAACACCCGUCUUCCGGCUCAUACAUUUCCGUCUCACUACUCUCCCAAGCCCUCAACAUCUUAAUCCACAUCUUCCUCGGUCCACAGCUCGCGCUUGUUGGCCAGCCGGCCGUCGGCAGAUUGCGUUAUUCCCUAUUUGGAACGUACAAUGCAAUCCUCUCUAUCAUCUUCCUACGCCGGCCGAAGCAGCAGGAAAUGACGAUUAAUACAGUGCAGGAGCACCAACACGCCUCAAAGGCCAGCAAACCGAAGAACUCCCAGAUGCUGCUCGGGCUAAUGCUCUUGUUCUCUUCCGUUUUUUUACGUGUUGGUCAUCCUGGCCGCGCAGCUCCUCCAAUCGAUCCUGGACGUAUUUUGUGGUCCCCAGAUCGCAUCGCUAGGAGAGGCCUUGCUAAAUCAGCUGGAUUUGAUUUAUAUUUCUGGCAUAUAAUGGGAGCCGUCCUCGUGACAGACUGCAUCUACGAAUGGUCGUUGCCGCUCCAAGUUCUUGUAAUCCGAAUGGACACCGACUUUUUUACCGCGCUGGCCCAUGGGUUGCAGGAUUACUCGACAUACCUGGUAAGAGCUGCAAAACUCCUCCUGAUCUCUGAAGCAGCAAGUCGUGCCUGCCAAUGCAUCGGGCAACUCGGCUAUUCUCUGGGGGUCGGCUUUUACCCGCAAGCCCUGAAGGCCAUGAACCUCUGGUGGAUGAACUUUUGGGUCGAGGUGAUUCGAAAGACAAUGUGGAUCUAUUCGUACACCUACUGCUUGACAUAUUCGAUCCGGAUUGCCCAUUAUUUGAUUUCAUUUGGCCGCUUCCUAGCCGUGGCUUUCGAUGGGCGCUACUUUCAUUUGGCCGUGAAAUGGCCGUAUGCACAGCUACUUUUACCGUACCUCGCAGCGGUAGUAAUUCGGAUUCUCAUCGCCUACUUUCCCGAAUCCCUUGACUGGUCCCAGCGCUUCGACGAUCUAUUAAUGUCGCACGUUGCGGCUCUGGAAUUUAACCUCUUCGACGCCAACUGGAUAGGCUAUGUCGAUAGUUUUUUGAUCUCGCAUAUUGCCGCCUUCGACUGUUUUGCAUAUGAGAAGCUGAAGGCCCUCGUCUUCUCAUCCGUCAUCUACAUCCUUUUAACCCUGAUCGCCAAGCUUGCCGAAAGCAUAGCUCAAAUAUUCCUGGGCCCCGAAAUCGCCAGCGCUGCGAAUUUGGGCGUCACCCAGCUGGCGCUCUUCUUAUUUUUGGCGUAUGAUGGGCAAGUAGAUCGAGCG